AGCACUUUACCACUUUUAUACGCUGCACGCAUCUACCUUACAAAACACAAGCAACAAAGAGUGUUCCACACAGAAAACACAAAGAAGAAUCACAUUCAUUCAUCUCAUGGCUUUCUUCUUCUUCCCUCAUCACACCUUCUUCAACUGUUUCAAUCUCAACACGCCACAGAAGUAUCAGAUAGAAGAAGAAAAAAACAAGCUUUAUUUUUAGAGGGUGCCCAAGUUGUUUGUUCUUUUGUUUUUCCUGCAGCACUCUAUGUGUUUGUUCAGUGUUCCUCGAAGAUUUGUAUUGUCCCCAAAACAAAAACAAAAAUUCAGCCUUUUUAGCUCUUCCAACCCGAAAUUUCUUGUUUUUUUUAUGUGUUCUUCAUUUGGGGUGGUUUAAAUUUGCUUAAUUUGUAAUCCUUUUUUUCUGGGGUGGGUUGUGGGGAAAUAAAGGUGGUACCUUUUGAAAAACUGGAGUCUUUUGGGUGGUGGGUUUUGUGGUCACCAAUUUUAUUGUUCUUCCCCCCCCUAGGCAACUUUCUUAGAUGAAGGUCAUGCCCUUGCCUUUUGAGGAAUUUCAAGGGAAGGGAGUGUUGGAUUUCUCUUCAGCCUCAGAUUCAUUUUCAGUGCUUUUGCAUAACCCACAACCAAAGUGGACCAUAGACAAAGAGGACUAUUGCUAUGUGGGCAGCAUCACUGAGCCCACCUCAGUUCUUGGCUCCAGAAGAAGCCUUAGCCCUCCCACUUCCUCCUCCACAAUGUCUUCUUCUCUUGGCAGCAGCAACAACAGCACUAGCAAGGGUGGUGGUGGCACCUCAGCCAACACCACCAACAACCCAACACCACCCUCAGACUACAACAACAACAACCCUCCUCAGGAAUCCAGCCCCGAAAAAUGUGGCAUCAGGAUGGAGGACUGGGAGUGCCAAGAUCAAUCCAUCCUGAGGCUAAUCAUGGGGGAUGUUGAAGACCCUUCUGCUGGAUUGAGCAAGCUUCUGCAAAGCACUGCCUGUGGCUCUCAAAGUGCUGAUUUCAAUGCUGGAUUUGGUGUUGUGGAUCAACAAGGAUUGAAUAUGAAUAUGAAUAUGAAUAUGGUGGGUGGUAAUAUUGACCCAAAUUACCCUGCUGGUUUCCCUUUCAUUGCUGAGAAUAUGGAUGGCCAGAAUGCCAAGGCUGGUUCUGGGACUGGCCAGGUUUCAGAAUCUGUUGUUUUCUCUGCCAACAAUCCUCUCAUGGUGUCAUCAUCUGUUUCCCCUGGUGUGUUCACUUCUCAGCAGCAGCAGCAAGAGUUUGGAGUGGUGGAUGAGAAGCCUCAGGUGCAGGAACAGCAGGUUUUCUCUCAGCAUCAGGCGAAACACCAUCUCUUUGACACCAUUGGGCACAAUUUUCAAGCUCCAAGGUUGUCCCUUUUGGAUUCAGGGCAAGAAGUGUUUGGUAGGAGGCAGCAAACACAGCUUCCAUUGUUUCCUCACCAUAUGCAGCAACAACAACAACAACAAUCAAUGGUUAUGCCUUCUACUAAACAGCAGAAGGUGAGUUCCACCGGAGACGAUGCAAGCCACCAGCUUCAGCAGGCUAUAUUUGAUCAGUUAUACAAAACUGCUGAGCUGAUAGAAGCUGGUAAUCCGGUUCAUGCGCAAGGGAUAUUGGCGCGGCUCAAUCACCAGCUCUCCCCUAUUGGUAGGCCUUUUCAGAGGGCUGCUUUCUACAUGAAGGAGGCCUUGAUGUCACUGCUUCAUUCAAAUGCUCACAGUUUCAUGGCUUUUUCGCCAAUUAGUUUCAUUUUUAAAAUUGGAGCUUAUAAGUCCUUUUCUGAGAUAUCACCUGUUCUUCAGUUUGCCAAUUUUACUUGCAACCAAGCCCUCAUUGAAGCUGUGGAAAGGUCUGACAGAAUUCAUGUUAUCGAUUUCGAUAUUGGGUUUGGAGUGCAGUGGUCAUCUUUUAUGCAAGAGAUUGCCUUGAGAAGUAGUGGUGCACCUUCACUCAAAGUCACUGCCAUUGUGUCACCCUCCACUUGUGAUGAGGUUGAGCUCAAUUUCACUAGAGAGAAUUUGAUUCAAUACGCGAAAGACAUCAAUGUGUCAUUUGAAUUCAAUGUUUUGAGCAUUGAAUCCUUGAACUCUCCUUCCUGUCCACUGCUUGGUAAAUUCUUUGAUAAUGAGGCAAUUGUGGUGAAUAUGCCAGUCUCAAGUUUCACAAACUAUCCAUCAUUGUUCCCUUCCGUUCUUCACUUUGUGAAGCAACUCAGGCCAAAAGUUGUGGUCACUUUGGACAGAAUUUGUGAUCAAAUGGAUGUACCACUUCCUACCAACGUAGUCCAUGUUCUCCAAUGUUAUUCGGCCCUGCUUGAAUCGUUGGAUGCGGUGAAUGUGAAUCUUGAUGUCCUCCAAAAGAUUGAGAGGCAUUUCAUCCAGCCAGCUAUCAAGAAAAUUAUACUUGGCCACCACCAUUUUCAAGAAAAAUUACCCCCAUGGAGGAACCUCUUUAUGCAAUCUGGAUUCUCUCCAUUCACAUUUAGCAACUUCACAGAAGCUCAAGCUGAGUGUCUAGUUCAGAGGGCACCUGUGAGGGGAUUUCAUGUGGAGAGGAAGCCUUCAUCACUUGUUCUAUGCUGGCAGAAGAAAGAACUCAUCUCAGUUUCUACUUGGAGAUGCUGAGGACUGAGGAGCAGCAGCAGAAGCUAAUUACCUUAUAUUUUUAAAGGUGCAUGGUAACUUACAUUGCAGUUUAUGUAAUUGUUUGUGUAAUUUAGGCUUAUUGAUGAGAUCCACACCCAAAUGUUUUCUUAACUGCAUGGGUUGGAAUCUACCAUUCUGUAGUUCUAAUAUUACUAGUAUGUCACUUUGAACAUGGGUAGUAAUUAUGCCUUUCCCCAUUCCCAUCAUCUAAAGAUGGGUAACUGUUUCUUUGUUAUCUUGAACACAAAGCAAAUUGCUUAGUAAGAAACGAACAAUUUAGCUAAGAAUGCAGCCUCUAUUUUCUUCUUCA